AUGUCUUCAGCCUGGCAGAUAGCCGAGCACGAACCCCAAGACUGGAAGUCGACCGAGGCCGUUGAGAAUCUCUGGCUGGUCCACGACAUCCCCAAACCGACACCAGGUCCUGGAGAGGUCCUUCUGAACAUCAAAGCAGCCGCCCUCAACUUUCGAGAUGUGAUGAUCGUGGCACAUAGCCCGGCUUAUCCAGUCCGUGCCAUCCCAGAUUUGGUCCCCUGUGCCGAUGCAGCAGGCGUGAUCGAAGCAGUUGGGCCCGGCAGCAAGUGGAAAGUUGGUGAUAAGGUUUUGGUCAAUUCUACCAAUUGGAUUGAUGGGCCGGUACCUAGAUACGAUGAGGGAGAAUCUAUUGGUAGUGGGAAUCUUCAUGGGACGUUGAGAGAAUAUGCCGUCUUCACUGACAGCCGCUUGAUAUCCUUCCCCUCCCACCUGUCAUUUGCGGAGGCCGCCUCCCUGGGAGGAGCCGCUGGGACUGCUGUCCAUACGCUGUUCUUCGGUCCACUGCCCUUUCAGAAGGGCAGCACAGUUGUAGCGCAAGGAACUGGAGGUGUGAGUGCUUUCACGAUCCAGUUGGCAGCGGCCGCAGGUGCAACUGUAAUCGCGACAUCUUCUUCGGACGAAAAGCUCGAGACCGCUCGAUCACUCGGAGCGUCACAUUUCAUCAACUACAAGAAAACUCCCGAAUGGGAAGCAGAAGUACUUCGCAUCACCAACGGCCGAGGCGCCGAUCAUGUGGUGGACGUCGCCGGAGCUAUGACCAUCGAGCAAUCGCUUCGAGCUACCAAGCAGGGUGGUAUGGUAUCCGUCAUUGGUUUUCUGACUGAGAGCAAGCCGACAGAUCUCAUUGUGCCAAUCAUCCUCGGGGCGAAGGUCAUUCAUGGAAUCCUUGGGGUGAGCAAUGGCAUGUUGGAAAAACUAGUUGAGGUCUAUGAAGAGCAUCAGCUUCAUCCUCCUAUUGCAAGGGUGUUUAAAUGGCAUGAGGCCAAGGAUGCGUAUGCGGAGCUGCGCAAUCUGUCAGGUGUGGGAAAGAUCAUCAUUGAGGUUGGAGCUUAA